CGCUCCAGAAAGAAACACGUUGAGCUAAGUUGUCAAUCAACCCGUCCGAUAGUCUGAACCAGGUUGUUUGUCAUUAACUGUACAUUUCAGCAGUGUGAACGGGUCUUUUUUGGCUCGUUGUUCUGUGAGUCUUCAAACCGCAGCAGGAUAUGCUGGGUGGUUUUAUCUACCAGAUCUCAUUCAGGAAGGAAGCACUUGCACAGCAAACCUGCAGACUGUGAGCGGCUAACACAUUUUAUAUUAAACAGCUUCACUGCUCCCUUUCACUGCCUUUGUUUGGAAAUGAGAACGACAUUAUUUCUGCUGCACGCCAUCUCAUGCUUCUGUUUGGUCAGUGCCACUCUUUCAAAAAAGGAUGCAAAGAAGUCGCAUAAAGCAGCUGAUGCUGAGACAUCGCUAUCUGAGCUGUCUGUUCUGGAGAGAGGCCUGGUUGUGUCAGACCCGCUCUGGAAAGACAUAGUGAAGGAGGAAAAGAGAAACUGGGCUCGGAUCAAAAGAACCUUUCAAGGACCAGUGCUUGGAUAUGUCACACCUUGGAAUGCCCACGGCUACGACGUUGCCAAGAUGUUUGGUGCUAAACUGACUUCAUUGUGUCCAGUUUGGCUUCAGGUCCGCCGACGAGGACCUGAAACCUUUGACGUUACCGGACUGCACGAUCAUGACCCAGGCUGGGUCAAAGCUGUACGCAAGUCUAACAAAAAAGUCAGGAUGGUGCCUCGGCUGUUAUUUGAUGGCUGGUCUUACCAGGACUACAUGAGUGUGCUGGCGAGUGAAGAUGAAAUUGAAGAGCUGGGAAGUGAGCUGGUGGAUGUUGCAAAGACUGAAGGUUUCGAUGGUUUCACCUUGGAGGUGUGGAGCCAGCUGGGCGGAGACAAAAGAAAGGAGCUUGUACAUAUGGUGAAACACAUAUGUGAGACUCUGAAGGCUAAAAGAUUAGACUGCAUUCUUGUCAUCCCUCCUGCUGUGACCAGUACGGGGCAGCCGGGGCUGUUUGGCAGGGAGGAGUUUGAGCAGUUGGCCCCUGUCGUGGAUGGAUUCAGCCUCAUGACGUACGACUACUCCAGCGGUGCCAGAGCGGGCCCGAGCUCCCCCCUGCCCUGGAUGAGAGACUGUGUUCUCCAGCUAGCUCCCAACACUCAGUGGAGGCAAAAGAUCCUGCUUGGACUCAAUAUGUAUGGCCUUGAUUUUGCAAGCCAGGGAACGGAGCCACUCCUGGGAGGAAGGUACAUCGAGAUUUUGCGAGAAAAUAGGCCAAAACUUCUGUGGGACGAACAGUCUGCAGAGCAUUACUUCAAUUAUAAGAGGAACAACGCUGUUAAGCAUGUGGUGUACUAUCCCUCAUUGAAGUCACUAUACCUGAGGAUCUCUUUAGCUACUGAACUGGGAACAGGAGUUUCCUUAUGGGAAUUAGGACAAGGACUGGACUAUUUCUAUGAUCUCCUAUGAGAGUUGGCUCCAGUAGUGACACCUGUGGACUUUGGAGCAUCAGCACAUGGGAUUUUCUCUUUUUUCCUUGAACAGGGAAGCAUCAAAAGAUCAAGCUCUGUAUGCAGGAAUUAUACUUUUGUGUGUUUUGUUACUGAGUUAGAAAUCUGAAAGAAUGUAUUUAAAUACAAUUCAGCUUAUUGGACCAGAAAAUGUUGAAAUGUUCUCUACAUGAGAAAAACAGUAAUCUGUUAAUUCGUAAGGUACUACCAGCAGACACAAGGUACUUCAGUAUGUUUUAUUCCAUUUCAUUGGUAGAAUUGUGGUAACAUUUUUUAACUUGUACAGUUCAGUCAGAGUGCAGUGACACAACAGAGUGCAUGAUCAUCAAUAGGUAAAACUUUUAAAUGAAGGGUACAUUCUUCUUUUGUUCGCGAGCAGCAGACAUCUGCAGCCUCUCUUCAGUCCAGAUCCAGAAAUAUUCUGCUGCUCACAUUUCUGCUUUCAGUCGCAGCUUUGCUUGCUGUGAAGAUUCUUUAAACAUACUCAAAACUGCUUCUGCUUUCUCAAAACUGCUUCUGCUUUCUCUCAUUUUUUCAAAUUAUAAAUCAAGACAUUUGAUUGUGUGGCUUUUAUCAGUUUAUAAUUACAACAUUGGAAAGUUAUGAAGUUGUAUUUACAGUGGUGCCAAACAUCUGUUCUGAAUCAGUGUCUUCCAAUAUUUGUCUGAGAUGAAUGUUUGUUUAUUUACAUGAAUACAAAUGUGAAACAACUGAG